ACUUGUGCGCAGAUUCAAUAGUUUUCAUGCGGUACUUACUCGAAAGUGACAAGAGACUUUUGGCUGCUUAGAUAUCACUGCUUCAUUUUAUUUUACUUCUUAAAGGGGCCAUGUACACCUCCCAGUUGACGAUAUCCCACAUCUUCUCAUUCUUCCUUCGUUCUGAAAACCAAUAACACUCGUUAUUGCGAACUUGGAGUUCUGAAUUUCAUAAUAUUCAUCGGCUUUCUUAAAAAUUCAGGAUGUUGUUAUUGUACCACCUCGUUACCCAUAUUCUUCCCUUGAGCUUGUUCCUGGAUGCAGCUCUUGGCCAUCGGGUUCAUCGCCGAGACUCCGGUGACGCGGUCAGUGCGCCUCAAUCAGAGUCAGUUGCAAUCACCAAUGCUCAGGCUAUUAUGACAUCGACUGUGCCUGCUGCACCUCUCGCUACACUAUCCAUUGGAAAGAUAGCUGUCCUUGCCAAUACUACAGCUCCCACAGCUCCUAAGGCAGAGCUUGUAGCUGUCGGUGCAGUUGAUACUGUCAGCAGUAAAGUUCUUAUCAUUGCACGAGAUACAGUCUCCGCAUACUCUGCUUGGAGUGGACUUAAUGAUCGAGGAAUUCCAUAUGACACCUUGAUUGUCCCUGCAGCUGGUGUAGCACUACCGGCCUUGAACAGUUCAAAAACUCAAGGCAAUUAUGGCCUCAUCGUUGUGAUGUCAGAAGUGAGCUACUCCUACACUGGCGUGGGAUACCAAAGUGCAAUAACAGCCGAUCAAUGGCAAGCACUCUACAAUUACCAAGUCUCCUUUCGAGUCCGGAUGGUGAGACUUGACUCCUAUCCGUCCGCUGCCUUUGGUACACAGGCUUUAGGAGCUUGUUGCAAUGAUGGUGUUGAGCAGCUUGUUCACAUUUCGGAUAGCUCGGCAUUCCCCAAGGCGGGACUCAAAACAGGUGCUACCAUGAGUACCAAGGGAAUUUAUCACUAUCCUACUCAAAUUAUAAACUCCACGUUGGCGAAAGAGUUUUUACAACUUGGGGCUUCCUCAGAUGGCCAAUUCACUACUGCGAGCACAGCAGGCGUCAUUAAUAACAUUGAUGGGAGAGAACAAAUGGUAUUUUACGUUCCAUUCUCCACUGAUUGGGCCGUAACCUCGGUAUGGUUGCAACACGCUUGGAUCGACUGGGGCACAAGAGGCCUUUAUACUGGAUACAGGAGAGCACUGUUGGCCACACAGAUUGAUGAUAUGUUCUUGGAGUCAGAUAUUUAUUCGCCCACUGGAACGACCUACCGCAUUGGCACAGAUGAUUUGGCACAACAUAUUAAGUUUAUGGGCACGAUCAAUUCCAAGUUAAAUGCUGGAAGUAACUGGUUCAUUGAAGUUGGUCACAAUGGCAACGGAAAUAUCGAAAAAUCCGAUGAACUUAACAACGGUGGAAAUGUAAGUGCUCUUUUCGGUUUUGUGACUCGUACUUUCCACUUCCAUCGCUCUCCAAUUUCUUUCUCCUUUCAGCUCCGCCAAAUUAACUUAUGCAAACUAGGUCUGUAGUCCUGGACCUAUUGAGUAUGGCGAACAGAUAGAUACACCAUUGGAAUGGGUCAAACCUCUUGGAACGGGAACCAAUAUCUGGCCUGCUACAGCGGGUCUUUAUCCCAAUUACAGCUCAACGUGCUUGAACAAGGACCCUUUGCUCCAAUGGUGGACUACUCCCUCUAAUCUUAAUGCUUAUGCACACGUAUCCCAUACGUUCACUCACGAGGAUGAAAAUAAUGCGACAUAUUCCGAUGUGUAUAAAGAAAUCACUUGGAACCAAGCCUGGCUCGCUGCGACUGGAAUUGCUAAUGCCGGAAAGUUUGCCUCGAAAGGAAUUAUCCCCCCCGCCAUCACGGGACUUCAUAACGGAGAUGCACUUAGGGCUUGGAGUGAUAGUGGUAUCACACAUGUAGUUGGAGAUAAUACUCGACCGGCUCUUCUAAACCCUGUAAGUUACUUUGUCCAAAUCUUUCAAGGAGCGGCCUUUUCAAAUGUUCCACGGACCUUGCUCCACCCAAGAUCUAUUUGAGUCUUGCUAACAUGGAUCCAGAAUAAUGAACAUUGGCCUCUGUUCACUACUGUUGCAGCUAACGGUUUCGCCGGCAUUCAAAUAACUCCUAGAUGGGCGACUAAUAUUUACUACAACGUAAGUGCGACUUGGUCAUGUCGAGAAUAUAAAUAUCUGACAGCAAUUAGUGUGACACGCCUGCUUGUACCGUCUUGGAAUGGAUCAACACCAGUGCCGGCUCGGGUGACAUUAACACUCUCCUUGAGAUCGAGAAACAGACAAAUGUGAGGCAUUUGCUGGGUCUUCAUCACGAUGCUUACAUGUAAGUGCCCCGGUCCCCACUCAUCCCAUCCAAAUUCGCUAAUUUGAAGCAGGUUUCAUCAAGCCAAUUGUAAGCCUUGGCCCUAAAUCCUUUUUGUUCAUCCUUUCUCUUUCCACGUUUGGCUUGAUGCGGUCCCCAUAGAAAAUCUCUACAGUCGACACUUACUAACGCAUUGGUGUUCUAGUGCGCUACAACGGAGGAGCAACAUACACUAUAAAUGGAGUGACGGCACAACUCUCGCUGUUCAUGGCAUGGGUUGAGACUGUGACGCAAGAAUUUGUUCGAUUGUGAGUUUUACUCCUGCUGUAAUACUAUCAGCACUGACAUGAUGUAGGGUUGACUGGCCUCUUAUCUCCUAUAAACAUGAUGAUGUAAGUCUCAAAGCUGCUCUUUUAUCUAUCUGUCCUAACCAAAGAUUAGCUUGCUACCGUGUUUCUCAACCGCAUGACCCGAGACGCUUGUGGGGCGGGCUUGUCAUAUCAACUCGACACCACUUCCUCAUCAAUCACUGGCUUCACGCUCUUCGCGAACGGUGACACCUGUUCGACGCCACUUCCUGUAACGCUUCCAGGCCCAGUCACCGAUACGAAAGGAGCCACUGUCGAGCAGAUUGGCAAUGACCCUACAACUUUGUGGGUCACUUUGUCGGGCACACCUGUCAGCUUUACUCUAAGCACCCCACUUUCAAUAGUGUAGCUCCAAUCUCACUAGCACAAAGGCAAGUAUAAUUUUGGUCUGAGAAGGGGAGCCGUAAAAGAGCACUCACUUUCGGUACUUUUAUCUUGUGUUAAUAACAUUCUCUUCUUGUCAGUGGAUACGCUCUAUGCUAUCGCAACCUUUGAAUCAAAAGUUUUGUUCUUUCUUACAUACUUGAAUUGGGAUUAUCACCGUUCAGAUAAUGGGACUUUUUAUCUCAGGGAUAAAUUUAAUGGCUAGCUUCAAAGGGCAACUGUCAUAUAUAAAUCACAAUACUUUCUUGGCGU